AUGUACAUCAAGCAGGUUACCAUCCAAGGUUUCCGUAGUUAUCGGGACCAAACUGAAGUAGAACCUUUCAGCUCUAAACACAAUGUCAUAGGGUUGAUGUUCGUCAGCGAUCAGAUUGUACCUUGCCUUCGCAUCGUAAACACGCUCUCGAGAUCGCCAAACAUGCAGAAAGAAAAUCAGUGUCCGCGUCCCGAUCUCCGAUCAUGGUUCACGUCGCCGUCUACUCCAACGAAACGCAAGCAAGAUGGGCAAUCUAGUUCCAAAUUACGAGAAAGUAAAAAAAGAAAGACGGGUUUUGACAAGUUGUGGUUGACAUCGUUUGAAUGGUUACGACAAACUCCAGACGAAAAAGGUAUGUUGUGUUUUAUGUGUGGAAAACACGGAGUAAGAGCAAGAAACGGAUCUGACGUCUGGAUUAAGACGCCAUGCACAGCGUUGGAAAAACAGAGUAUUGUGCGACACGUGAAGUCGGACAUGCAUAAACUCGCCGAACUAAAAGAAAAGAAGGCGAAAUUAUCUGACGUAAACGGCGGAAUUAUAGCAGCAAUGGAUCGUCAUAUAAAUAUGGAGAGACAAUCGUUUAUUUCUGCCCUUAGAUGUAUGUACUGGAUCUGCAAAAACGAAGUAGCACAUACAACGAAGUUCAGGCCAUUGCUUGAUUUGGUGAAAUCCUUUGGUGGUUCAUGCUUAGAACACUUGAACAAGGGUGGUAAUGCCAACUACAUGUCAGAAAGGAUAAUUCAAGAGAUGGUGGAUGUCUUGGCUCAGGUCAUUGAAAGAAGAAUUUAUUCUGAUAUCAGAGAAAGUCCCUUUUAUAGCCUCAUGGUAGAUGAAACCACAGAUAUAUCAAUACUCAAACAACUGAUUAUGUAUGCCAAGUAUACUGAUAAAGAAGGAAAUGCAAAAACAUCAUUUGUCCACAUAUCAGAUAUUUUUGAUGGAAAGGCUGAGACUAUAGAAACGGCAAUUGUUAAUUUCUGUGAGAAGAAUAUGUUUCUUUUAAAUUCCAAAAUGGCAGCACUGGGCUCUGAUGGAGCAUCUGUUAUGGUUGGCAAGAGAACAGGGGUUGCAACCAGACUUAAAGAAAGAAAUCCAAUUCUUAUUAAUGUACAUUGCGUAGCCCAUCGACUUGCACUGGCAAGUUCUCAGGCCAUGGAUAAAAUAAAAUAUCUUCACAGAAUAUCAACAACUCUCCAACAGCUAUACUAUUUUUAUCAAAAUUCUUCAGUCAGAAUGUCAGGUUUAAAGGAGAUUGAGUCAGUAUUAAAUGAACCCCAGAUCAAGUUGAAGGAGGCCAAGUCAGUGAGAUGGCUAUCUCAUCAGCGUGCCAUUGAUGCCAUUAGAAAAACAUUACCAGCUGUAAUAACUAGUUUAGAAAGAGAGGCAGAGGAAAGAGGAGAUGCCACAGCACAUGGUUUAUCUAUAUUUUUGAAGCAGUAUAACUUUGUUGCUGCAGUUCACAUGCUGUCUGAUAUACUGCCACAUCUGACAAGACUUUCACUGAUAUUCCAGAAGAAGAAUGUUGAUCUGUCAAUUAUUGAGCCAGUACUUCAUUCAACCAUUGUCACUCUUCAGCAGAUGAAAGAUAAUCCUGGUGCUCACAUGCAGGCAGUAGAUGGCAGAUUGACUGGUGACUUGGCAAUUCAUGACAUAAAUGUUUCUGAUAAUAUGAAAGAUUCUUUUAUAACUAAUGUUUACCACAAAUAUAUUGAUGGGCUCAUUGUUAAUUUGAGAGAGAGAUUCCCAGAUGUUCACUUACUACAGGCAUUCAGUAUAUUUGAUCCAAGCUUACUAGAAAAAGAUGACUCUGGCAGAUUAGAUGACACACUUCAACAACAGCACUUAGAGACACUAUCAACCCAUUAUAGUGAUAUUUUAUCUAGUGAAGAGAUGGCUAGGGAGUGGGAAAUGAUGAAAAAUUUAAUGGUGGAUGACCAACACAGCAGUUUUACUUGCACUCAGAUGAUGAACAAAGUGGUGAAGCAAUAUAAAGAUGUAUUUGUAAAUUUAUACAAGUUGGCUGUUAUAGGAUUGAUUGUUCCAAUGAGUACUGCAGAUUGUGAAAGGGGCUUUUCAGCACUGAGCAGAGUAAAAACAACCCUUAGAAACAGAAUGUGUGAAAAGACCUUGAGUAAUCUGCUAUUCAUUACAUUAGAAGGACCCCCAGUAGAAGACUUUCCCUAUGAUGAGGCAGCAAAUAUAUGGGCUAGCAUCAGAAAUAGACGAUUAGAUAUGUCAUCAUGA